GUGGUGGUCGAGUGUCAUUGUCCUUUGAUACAUUCUGAGGAGGAUAGCAGAAUUGGCUUCUUUUCCAUGUAUUCUCACUUUGCGUAACAACUCAACCUUUCCUCUCUCUCUCUUAUCUCUCACACUCCGUGCCGACUAAUGCAGCAUGUCUGUACAGGGAAGGGUGCCUUUUGUUUGCAUUCCCAAUCUCUCUGGUUUUUUGUUUCUUUUUUCUAUAAACCCCAGCCUUGAUCUUCUCCCCCUCUUCUUACUCCCUCCCUCUUCGAUCCUUGAGCACCCAAAUUUUCUCUGCCCUUAAAGGCUGGCCUCAUCUCUCCUCUCUUCUUUGUUUUCUGCCCUAGACAACUCCAACCACCGUCGUCACCAUUUUCGUCACUCAGUCCUUUCCUCUAAUACAGAGGGAGAGAAAAAGAGAGAUUGGUUGUGCCAAAGCGGAUUGAAGACCUUUCUGCAUCCAUAUACCAGCUUAACUUGUAGAGUGGAGGAUGCCCCAUCAAGGGGUUUUCAUGGAGGCCCCCGCAGUGCCUGAUCUAUCAUUGCACAUCAGCCCGCCGGACAGGACUCCAGUGGCAUCUCGCGGAGGUGGCGGUGAUUAUGAUGGCAGCUUCGAGCUUUGGCGGCGGGCUCUCAAGACGAACUCCGAUAGCUCUACCGGCAGGAAGCCCGGCCACCAGGCCUACACCGAACUGUCUUUGGCGAACCCUGGCUGCACCUUCUUGGUGAGGAGCGAGGAUCAAGCUCGGAGUGACGCAGCUUUCCGGCAAGGUAGCCAUCACCCUCACUUCUAUCAAUACAACAGCCCAAGCCACGAUCUUAAUGGAGGAAGCAGGAUGAGCCACAUCAACGAAGGAGUGUCUUUCCUGGAUGUAUCUGAAGGUCUGCGGCCGAUCAAGGGGAUUCCCGUAUAUCAAAACCGCCUGUUUCCGUUCAUCGCAGGCGACCAUCCGGCAAUUCACGGCAGGUCCUUCGGUGACAAAGAUACCAAGAUGGGCCUCUUUCAUUUUGCUUACCCAACAUCCGCUGGAACCGCUUCUUCAACACAUUGCUCAGCUUCUAGUACCCCUCUUUUAGGAGGCAGCGGCCCAGACCACAUGACAAUUUUGCAGUCUAGCCCAACCGCUUCUUCAUCUCCGAUUGGGGCCGAUGCGGCGGCCUAUCGGUUUGCGGCUGCCGGCAGGUUCGGCGGCACAUUUGCAUCGCCGGAAUUGCUGAAAUCACAUCAGCAGCAUUUUGGUGGACUAUCAGAUGCUUCUCACGGUGUGAUGAUGAGGUCAAGAUUCAUGUCGAAGCUCCCCACAAAGAGGAGCAUGAGGGCACCAAGAAUGCGUUGGACCAGCACCCUUCACGCUCGUUUUGUUCAUGCCGUAGAGCUCCUUGGCGGCCAUGAGAGAGCUACUCCAAAAUCUGUUCUUGAGCUCAUGGAUGUCAAAGAUCUGACACUCGCACAUGUAAAGAGUCAUCUUCAGAUGUAUCGGACUGUUAAGACCACUGACAAGCCUGCAGCUUCCUCAGGCCAGUCAGACGGGUUCGAUAGUGGGUCGGCCGGAGAGGACGAGCUCCUACCGCGAAAUCAGCCGGGAAACGACCUGCACUUGAGGAGAUUCGCCGACAAACUCACGUCCGACGUGCCCUCCGCGCGAAACCAGAACAAUAAUAACAGCAGACUUCAUCCUCCGCAGGACAUGGAUUACUCCUCGACGUUGUGGACCAAUUCUUCAAGUGGGGGAGCAUGGUUGCAGAGUAGUUCCAGGGAUGCAGAAGAGCCUACAAGUGCAUCAGCUCAUGAGGAAAGAUCUGUUCUGCCGCCCGAGGAGAGAAGUGAGAUUCUCAAAGACUCACCUGAGCCUCUUCUAAACCUUAAGAACCCAAGUUUGGAGUUUACACUAGGAAGACCUGGCUGGCAGAGCAACUGUGGCGAUUGAUUUUCUUGGCUUAAACCCCACAUUGAUUUUUGAUCAGUAGCUUACCACACACUAAGCGGCUAUCGUAAAACUUCGAAAGCAGGCAUGGAAGGAGGAGCAAGACGACGUGGAGCAUGGAGAGAUGCCCACGGAAGUGUUCUGAUGAGUUCAGUACUGUAGUUUGGCAUUGGGAAUUUCCAUCGACGUUAUAGCUACAAGUCAAGGGAACACACUAUAUGUAACGCUUUGGAAAGCAAAUAACUGAUGACUUGGGAUUUUGGCAGGGAAUCGUCUCCAUUCAUUUGAAAAAUUGUGGAAGAAAUUAAGCAGAAAAAAUGGAGCUGAAAUCUCAUGAAACGUUAUCUGCUAAUCGAUUCAUGCUCCAUCCUGGCAGCUUGACGUAUAAAUUCAAAUACGUUUCUUCUUUUCUCUCUUCUUUAUAAUUAAGAAGCACCCAUGCAGUAAGGUGAUAUAUC